AUGAUUGCUCCAAGUAUCCAAAAGGAGAUCGUGAAUGCUUGUGCAAAAGAAACAAUGAAAGAAUUUGUUGAAGAUUUAAAUGGAGAUUACUUUGGCAUAUUGGUUGAUGAAUCUAAGGAUGUUUCUCAUAAGGAACAAAUGGCUCUUGUUCUUAGAUAUGUAAACAAAGAAGGCACACUUAUUGAACGAUUCCUUAAUGUUGUUCAUGUUAAAGAUAUAACUGCAAUAGCAUUGAAAGAUGCUAUCUAUUCUUUGCUUUUAGAGCAUUCAUUGAGUCCAUCUCAAAUACGGGGACAAGGUUAUGAUGGAGCUAGUAACAUGCAAGGAAAAAUCAAUGGUCUUAAAACUCUAGUUCUGGAAGACACUCCUUCAGCUUAUUGCAUACAUUGCUUUGCUCAUCAGUUGCAAUUGACUCUUGUAGCUGUUGCAAAGAAGCACUAUGAUGUAGAUCAAUUUUUUGAUAUUGUUGCUAACGUCUUGAAUAUUGUUGGAGGUUCUUUUAAGCGCAGGGAGAUUCUUCGAGAAGAUCAAGCAAAAAAACUAGAGGAAUUACUAGUGCUUAGUGAAGUUCAUACAGGAAGUGGACUAAAUCAAGAACUUGGGCUUCAAAGGCCCAGUGACACCCGUUGGGGAUCUCACUUUAAAAUAGUGCGUAAUUUUAUUGCAUUAUUCUCAUCAAUUGUUCAUGUGCUUGAAGUAAUUGCAAGUGAGGGUACAACUUAUCUAGAGAGAUCCAUGGCAAAAAGUCUAGUGAAUGAUAUAAGAUUUUUUGAGUUUGUGCAUAUGUUGCAAAUGAUGUUGAAAGUGUUGACAAUUACAAAUGAUUUGAAUAUGACUUUGCAAAGAAAAGAUCAAGAUAUUGUGAAUGCUGUGAAGCUCGUUGAUUUUGCCAAAGGCAACUACAAUCGAUGA